AUUUCUCAACUGUUAAUGAACUUAUGAAUAUGCUAAAUGAGCUGUAUAUAAGGAAAAGUGAUUCCACACGGUUAAAACAUAAAUACCGGGGUUAACGUACGCGUAUUCAUCUAAACGAUGCUACGUCCUAUACUGUAGCAAAUCAAUUUACGAAGAGCUCACAUUAGAGGUGUAAAAUUAAUGAAUGUUUUCCAGGCUAAUAAUAGAAAUAUUGUAGUUAUUGCAGUAGGAGUCCUGUUUCUCCGUUAGCUUUAAUUGGCCCCUAAAGUAAAUCGCGAUUCUCUUCAAAACCGGAUUUUUCUUGUGCAAAAUGCUGUUUCUUCUAUAGUAUAGAUCAUAAAGUAUACGUAGACCAGGGUCACAUGUUUCAAAUUCGAACCUUGGUGUUAUAUUGAGCGAUUCAUUGACAGGCCUUCGAUCGUUACAAUUGAAUAACAGCGCGAGUUCAGUUAAUUCAGUCAAUUGAACCGAAGAAUAACCAUUCCUUGCUUGAAACGUUGAAUAUACCCCCUCUAUCGUAUCGCGUCCUUGUACGUUCGUCUUUCAAUAUAACCGAAUCAAUAAUACUCGUUAUGUUUAAGUCGACACGCAGCAGCCGAAAACGACAUAAUACUGUAAAUAAAUAGCUGAGCUCAUCAUAUGGCAUGAUGUGAGAGUGAUAACUGUGACGACGAUCAAAUUCCGUAGCAGAUUGCCGAUUAUGCACUCAAUAUUUCGGUGAUCAUGGAUUUAGGCCUUUUCUAUUUUUAUACCGUUGUCAUAGGAAUGAAGGCAAAUAACUCCAUCGCUGUACAGUAUUCCGUAUAAUCGACAGUGGAUCUUGUUCGUAACGCAUAAAGAGGUGUUGACAUUGCACUCCUUCACAGCUGAUUUACUUCCAUUGUUUGCUGAGCUUAGUGUAUGGUGCGAUGAUUUUCAUUUCUGUCAUUCAACGUUUGAGACUUGUAGUAUAGAUAGAUAUCACAUUCAAUACUGUAUAAGAAUAUACUUCGGGAUAAGCUUCCACUUGAGAUGGAGUCAGUGGAAAACACCGCGACGCAUAUAGGAUAUCGACGGUGGCGGCCGCGAUGGAUGCAACGUUUCGCCACGGCCAAAACAUUUGUCUUGUUCAUGUGCUUAUUAACAUUAGUGGAAAGCAUGAUGCUAGUUGGAUACACUAGCAGUGUGUUGACGUCUAUCGAACGACGAUUUCAAAUCAAAAGCGCCGAAGCUGGUCUUAUAGUUAGCGCUUACGAAGUCGGUAAUUUCUUAGUCGUCGCCUUUGUCAGUUACCUGGGAGGUCGUCCGGGCAGUCAUCGACCGAAAUGGGUUGGUUUCGGUGCUUUUAUCAUGUCUGUAGCCGCCUUGAUUUUCACCUUGCCUCACCUGAUCGGGGAAGCUUAUAUCCCAGGUAGAGUUAAUUCAGAGAAUGAAACCGACGUAUCUAUUUGUAUUAGAAAUACCACUAGCACAACUGCAAGCAGACAAGCUGAGCAGUCGGACAAUCCAAUCCUGGACACAGAUGUACGAGAUGUAACUGUUUACUACGACUGUAUGGAGGGGGGUGGUAAUGCUUCCGAUUACCUGUUUUUCUUCGUAAUCGCCCAGCUACUACUUGGGAUGGGUGCAGCCCCUAUGUUUACACUAGGUGUUACGUACGUAGACGAUAAUAUUGGAGCGACAGAAUCGGCAUCAUACAUAGGUAUCGUGUAUUGCGUCACAGCGAUCGGGCCGGCGCUUGGUUUCUUGCUAGGCGGUCUCUGUGUUAGCUACUACGUCGAUGUAGGAUCCGUGUCAGCGGAAGAUGUUAACAUCUCCCCCGGUGACCCUCAAUGGGUAGGGGCCUGGUGGAUUGGUUACCUCAUCUGUGGCUUCCUUAUAACAUUGUUCGCUCUGCCUGUACUCGCAUACCCACGCACAUUAAGACGAAGUCGUGAUUAUGAGGACGACGAUCGACCCAAGUCGAUUUCUGAAGGAGGGGAUCAAGAAAGCAGGAUGGUCCACAUGCAAUUCGACUGUUCAAGCUGCCGAGAAUUCCUGCAAGCGUUGAAACGUCUUUUUACCAAUCCCACAUAUAUGCUGGUUAACGUAGUAGCCUCAUUGGAAUUAUCCAUUGUUACAGGGUUCGUGUAUUUUAUGCCUAAGUUGCUCGAAAUACAAUAUGGUACCACAUCGUCUAAAGCAAAUAUUAUAACAGGUUCUAUUAUUCCACCCGCGGCUGCUGGGAUUAUCAUCGGUGGUUUCAUAGUCAGGCGUUACCAUUUCACAUUGGAAAAAUGCACUCGGUUUGCAUUCAUCGUUAGCUCUAUAACAUUGAUGUUUCUCCUAUCGCUGUUCCUUGUCAAAUGUGAUAACCAGCAAUUCGCAGGUGUUUCUCAGGGCACAGAUAGUUCAACAAAUACCAGUUCCUGUUUUGUUAACUGUGGUUGCCAUGACAAGGACUAUCAACCAGUCUGUGGAGUGGAUGCUGUGACAUAUUUUAGUCCGUGCCAUGCGGGAUGCAGUAACCAUAGAUACGAUAAAGAAUUAGAUAAGGAGUUAUUCACUCAAUGUACAUGUAUUACUCAUAAUGAUGAUGUCACGUGGGAUGCUAGAGAUGGAAAAUGUGACUCAACGUGUGACAAACUUCCAAUCUUCAUGUCACUUGUCAUUGUAAUCGUUUUUGUCACAGCGAUAAGUCAGAUACCGCUAUUGAUGGCAACGCUAAGGUCUGUGUAUGGGAGAGAUCGUCCGUUUGCGUUAGGGAUUCAGUUUGUAUUUCUUCGUGUUUUAGCGUACAUUCCAGCACCGAUAUAUUUCGGUAAGACCAUCGACUCAUCGUGUAUGCUAUGGCAGACGCUGUGUGAAGGUGUUGGCUCUUGCUUCGAAUACGAGAAGUCUCAGUUCCAAGCGAACUACCUCGGACUUUCAGUCGGUUUGAAAACCAUAUCGGUUGUGUUCGCCCUCCUGUGUUGGUUAUCGUGUCGGUACACGUGCAGAUGUUGCUCAAACAGAGACUUUUCCAGGUUGUCCCAAGAAAUCAAGCCUCCAGAGAGGAAAGACGACGAAGAACUGGAUGAUCUAGAAGAUCUGCAAGAGGUCCCAGUCCAACCGGAGAUGGUUGACAGCGACUCACGACCCCGUCUCGAACUAUUAACAGUCGAUGCAAAUAUUUAACAUUAACGGUCGAAGCGAAUACCUUAAAAACGCUGGUAUGAACUUGGGUGUGAAGCACAUCAAAGAUAACAAAUGAAGGAAGAAUUUAGGGUCGUCGGAGAUGAGUUGGGUAAUACACGGGAGGACAAUUUUUUUUAAUUCUGCACAGGGGCCAUAUUGCAUACGGUAAAAUGUCUCUUCCGAAUGAUGGUGCGCUAUGUAUUACUGUAGGGUUAUUCAGAUCAACACCACACCCAGCCCCCCACCUCAAUUCGUCGGGGAGAAAAAAAAAUGUAUAGGCCUAUGUAUCUUCUAAAUUAUUAGUAGGCUCCAAAAUCGAUUACAUAAGCCUUUGAAACUCAUAAACUGAAACCCAUAAAUCAUAUUUUUCGAUGUCUUCGCCACCUGGAACGCUUUCGUGAAAUUUAAGCGACGCCUGGCCACGCCCACGUUUUCCGUUGGGGACAUCGCUCACUCCCCUCCCCUCCCUACGUCGGGACCCCGGACCCCCGCCGGCAAAACCUGGCGCCACCACUGUGCAAGAAGUUUCUGUCCAAGUGUGAGGGUUAAUAGGUAGAUUUCGCAAUUGCUUACGAAAACAAUAACAAAUAGGCUACGAUUACGUCAUCAAUUUUUUAGACAACCGUUCCCAUAACAAACAUUAUCUGCCACAACGUAUGUGAUUCAUGCCUUUUGCAUGAAUCAAGCAUCAUAUUCAGCUCGUACAGCAUAUUGUCAAGAAUGUUUCAGGCACGAAUGACGAUAAUGAUAAUGACGUAUUCGUAUUUGUUAUCGUUUUUGUAAGGUUGAGAAAUCCCCCUAAAUAAUAACAAUUUACACUUCGCCUAGAACUAAUAUUAAUAUUCAACUAUCUAAAACAAUUAAUAUUUAUAAUAUUUCUAUAGUUUACUCAGUCCAGAUAUUCGAUUAUUCUUUUAUUGUAUGCAAGGUGUUCCCGUCAAAGUGUGUGGAUUAAUAACAACAACUUCGUUUUAACUACAGUAAUAUAAAUAUUAAAAUAUCUAAAGCAACUAAUAUUUAUAAUAUUUCUUUAUUUUAAUCAGUUUAGUUAUUUGCUGAUCCUUCAAAAAAAUUUCACUUUUCUUAAUUAAAGAAUAAUGUAACUUUAUUGGUAAGAAUUUGUGCAAUAGUAAUAGGGACUAACAUACUUUUUUUUAUACAAGGUUAAUACUGUAUAAGUAGUUUAGGCUCUAUUAAAUGCAUUAAUGUUAGCUGACAUGACGAUAUUCAAAAUAUCUUCCAUAUUUUGAUUAAAAGGUUUUUUUUAUUUUUUGCAAUGCUGCACUUUGCAUUUUGCAUAAAACAUUAUGCAUUUGCUACGGGCAUAGGUCUAGUACCUAUAUAAAAAUGUAUUGUAUAUUUGUAUUGUUAGCAUGCGUUAUACCAAACCAAAAUCCAAUGAUCCCGUAGACAUAAUUCCAUCUAUGUCUUUUCUAUCUAUAGUUUCCCUAUUUUAUUUAACAUGUUUUACUUCAGAUAUAUUGCCUGUUUUGAGCUAAAAAAUAUUGAGAAAAAAAAAAGAAUUAAAUAUUAGAAUUUCUUACCUUCCAAGUCUUAGUAAGUUAUUAAAAAUUAGAAAGAGAAACUUAUGUAAGGUUGUACAAGGCCGGCAAAAAA